AUGACAUUUUUGGAUUGGAGCCUCCAAGAGAAGCCACAUGGCUUGCAGUUGUUGGCUUUUGGCAACGCUGACGUCAGCAGCCUAAAGGCAUGGAGACGGGUGCUGGAGCUGCUUCCCGGGCCUAAGAACCCUCCUGCCUGGGUUAGCCUUGCACGCUGGACUUGCUCUAAAGCCCUCUAUUGUGGUUGUAAGUCGAAACUGAUUGUCCAUCACAUAUUGUUUUAA